AUGGAGACUGCUUCAUCGCCUCAAGCAACGAGUCAACAACCAACUCGCGAGGAGAAGGAAAAUAAUGAAGAAGCUGCGGAGAACGAUGAUGAAGGACUAGGAGAUAUGAAUGCUGAGAAAACGCCAGAGCCACAGCUUCGGUCUCAGAAGGGAGAUGAUGACGAUGGGGACGAAGACGAAGAAGAAGAAGAAGAAAACGAGCUCACCGAAGUCUUCCAGAUUCUGGCGAAUGUAGCGAGAAUGAAAGUCUUCGGCGAACGAUUGAACAAUGCAGAGGGGGGUGCUUUGAGUGGUGGUUUGGGAAAAGCGGGCUGGUAUUACGAAGUUCAGUAUCUCGGUAUGAAGUAUCUCGGUAUGAAGGGGUCCUUGGAACGUAUUGCUGGGGAUGGUGUCAGUGAUAAUGGGGGGUCUUUUAAGGAGGGAGAGAGUGAGGGUCAUGGAGACGGGGGAAGAGAAGAAGGGGAGGAAAAGGGACAAAUGGAAGAAGAGAAAGGGGAAGAAAAAGGAGAAGAGGAGGAGAAGGAGAGGAAAGAAGAGGAGAAAGGAAAAGAUACUGAAGAUGACGAUGAAGAGAACUACGUUAUUAUCACAUUCCUAGGGGAGCAGACUGAUUCAGAUGAUGAGAGCUGGUACUUCGUUGAAAUUACCUCUAGUGACGAAGAGGAGGACAGCGAUGACGACGAGGGAAGCAAGGACAACAAGGACACCGAGAACAAUGAAGACAAAAAGGGUAACGUAAACAGAAGUGAGACCAACAACGCGAACAAUCACAGCAAGAAGGGCAACAAAUACGACGGCCAUGACUCUGAUAACGACGAGUGGCACGACCAUCAUCAUUGUCAUCAUUGCCAAUCGUUCCGUACCGCUAGUAUCACCACCCAAACCACCACGACUACCAACCCGCAACAACAAUUAUACCCCCAACCCCAAGAACAAGGUCGACUUCCCCUCGUCAACCCACCCUUCGAGAUACUCCAGUCCUCCCCCACAUCCUUUACCAUCCAGUUCGCCAUCCCCGGCGCCAAGCGGCGGGAUAUCAGCGUUGCCUAUGACCUCGAUACGAACGUGUUGACGCUCAGUGGGGUUUUGUAUCAGACUGUUCUUUCUGUUGAGGAUUCAUCGUCUGCUUCUUCUUCUACCUCUUCUUCUCUCGAAUCUGAGAUCAAGACAAAUGGUAAAGAUAAAUCAAAUGCGAGAAUAAAUCAGGGCUCACAUCUCAAGUCGAAAGCCGACUUUGAAGCGGACUUGAAGUUGUGGUUAGCGUAUGAACGGGCCUCAAGACCCGCCGGGGUGGAUUCAGUAUCGGGCUCUGUUUUGCUCCUUGGAGGGUAUGGGGAGGAGGAGGAGGAGGAGGAGGAGGAGGAGGAGAAGGGCAAGCAAGGCGGUGGUGGUGAUGGUGGUGAUGGUGGUGAUGGUGAUAGCAGCACAGACACCGACGACAGCAAUAACAAACAGUCGCAAACCCAGACCCAGACCCAAACUUCUCCGACAACGACGGAAAGAAAUCCCAUCAGACAAAUUUUAGACCAGGUCGACUUCGUUAUCUGCUCACCUACCCCUACAUCUGAAUGUCGAUAUUCACCGUCAUCUACACCUGAAGAACAAAAGCAGCACAAAGAAGUGAAUCACGAGAAGAUCAAGGCGAGGUUGGAGGAUGGGAUACCAACAGUUGUUCUCCCCCUUGUUGAGGAAGAGGCCGAGGAUGAAAGUAUGGUAGGGAUGGCAAUGUGA